GGUAAAUACUAGGGCGGUGGGUGUGGGGCUCCGGGGCCGGCCCGGGACGCGGGCUUGGGAGCCGGAGCGAAGGGCUACGCCCCGCCGCUGGAGGCGAUUUCAACCUUUCCAGGGUGAGGAUGGUUCUACACAGCCACCCGGAGUUCUUUAGUUGAAAGGUGCGCCUCGUUGUGACAGGCAUUUUGAUUUGCUUUCUUUUUUACAGCAUGGACACUACAUUGCUGAAAACAUGCUUUGGGACUUCCACUGAAUUUAUCUUUUGUGGUUUUAUGACAAAGUUAUUAGUAAUUUCCUUUUUUUGAGUUAGUAUUUUGAAUUUAAUAUCACAAUGAGUUCAGGCUUAUGGAGCCAAGAAAAAGUUACCUCGCCCUACUGGGAAGAGCGGAUUUUUUAUUUGCUUCUUCAAGAGUGCAGCGUUACAGACAAACAAACACAAAAACUCCUUAAAGUACCGAAGGGAAGCAUAGGACAGUAUGUUCAAGAUCGUUCUGUGGGGCAUUCAAGGAUUCCUUCUGCAAAAGGCAAGAAAAAUCAGAUUGGAUUAAAAAUUCUAGAGCAACCUCAUGCAGUUCUGUUUGUUGAUGAAAAGGAUGUUGUAGAGAUAAACGAAAAGUUCACAGAGUUACUUUUGGCAAUUACCAAUUGUGAGGAGAGGUUCAGCCUGUUUAAAAACCGAAACAGACUAAGUAAAGGCCUCCAAAUAGACGUUGGCUGCCCUGUGAAAGUACAGCUGAGAUCUGGGGAAGAAAAAUUUCCUGGCGUUGUGCGCUUCAGAGGACCCCUGUUAGCAGAGAGGACAGUGUCUGGAAUAUUCUUUGGAGUUGAAUUGCUGGAAGAAGGUCGUGGCCAAGGUUUCACUGACGGGGUGUAUCAAGGGAAACAGCUUUUUCAGUGUGAUGAAGAUUGUGGUGUGUUUGUUGCAUUGGACAAGCUGGAACUCAUAGAAGACGACGAUACUGCGUUGGAAAGUGAUUAUGCAGGUCCAGUGGACACGAUGCAGGUCGAACUUCCUCCUUUGGAAAUAAACUCCAGAGUUUCUUUGAAGGUUGGAAAAACAAUAGAAUCUGGAACAGUUAUAUUCUGUGAUGUUUUGCCAGGAAAAGAGAGCUUAGGAUAUUUUGUUGGUGUGGACAUGGAUAACCCUAUUGGGAACUGGGAUGGAAGAUUCGAUGGAGUGCAGCUUUGUAGUUUUGCGUGUGUUGAAAGUACAAUUCUAUUGCACAUCAAUGAUAUCAUCCCAGCUUUAUCAGAGAAUGUGACACAGGAAAGGAGGCCUCCCAAACUUGCCUUUAUGUCAAGAGGUGUUGGGGACAAAGGUUCAUCCAGUCACAAUAAACCAAAGGCUACAGGAUCUACCUCAGACCCUGGAAAUAGAAACAGAUCUGAAUUAUUUUAUACCUUAAAUGGGUCUUCUGUUGACUCACAACCACAAUCCAAAUCAAAAAAUACGUGGUACAUUGAUGAAGUUGCAGAAGACCCUGCAAAAUCUCUUACAGAGGUAUCUACAGACUUUGACCGUUCUUCACCACCACUCCAGCCUCCUCCUGUGAACGCACUGUCCACCGAGAACAGAUUCCACUCUCUACCAUUCAGUCUGACAAAGAUGCCCAACAGCAAUGGAAGUAUUGGCCACAGUCCACUUUCUCUGUCAGCGCAGUCUGUGAUGGAAGAGCUAAACACUGCACCUGUCCAGGAGAGUCCACCCUUGGCCAUGCCUCCUGGGAACUCACAUGGUCUAGAAGUGGGCUCAUUGGCUGAAGUUAAAGAGAACCCUCCUUUCUAUGGGGUAAUCCGUUGGAUCGGUCAGCCACCAGGACUGAAUGAAGUACUUGCUGGACUGGAACUGGAAGAUGAAUGUGCAGGCUGUACCGAUGGAACCUUCAGAGGCACUCGGUAUUUCACCUGUGCUCUGAAGAAGGCGCUGUUUGUUAAACUGAAGAGCUGCAGGCCUGACUCUCGGUUUGCAUCACUGCAGCCAGUUUCCAAUCAGAUCGAGCGCUGUAACUCUUUAGCAUUUGGAGGCUACUUAAGUGAAGUAGUAGAAGAAAAUACUCCCCCAAAAAUGGAAAAAGAAGGCUUGGAGAUAAUGAUUGGGAAGAAGAAAGGCAUCCAGGGUCAUUAUAAUUCUUGUUACUUAGACUCAACUUUAUUCUGCUUAUUUUCUUUUAGUUCUGUUCUGGACACUGUGUUACUUAGACCCAAAGAAAAGAAUGAUGUGGAAUAUUAUAGUGAAACCCAAGAGCUGCUGAGGACAGAAAUUGUUAAUCCUCUGAGAAUAUAUGGAUAUGUAUGUGCCACAAAGAUUAUGAAACUGAGGAAAAUACUUGAAAAGGUGGAGGCUGCAUCAGGAUUUACCUCUGAAGAAAAAGAUCCUGAGGAAUUCUUGAAUAUCCUGUUUCAUCAUAUUUUAAGGGUAGAACCAUUGCUAAAAAUAAGAUCAGCAGGUCAAAAGGUACAAGAUUGUUACUUCUAUCAAAUUUUUAUGGAAAAAAAUGAGAAAGUUGGAGUUCCCACAAUUCAGCAGUUGUUAGAAUGGUCUUUUAUCAACAGUAACCUGAAAUUUGCAGAGGCACCAUCAUGUCUGAUUAUUCAGAUGCCUCGAUUUGGAAAAGACUUUAAACUAUUUAAAAAAAUUUUUCCUUCUCUGGAAUUAAAUAUAACAGAUUUACUUGAAGACACGCCCAGGCAGUGCCGGAUAUGUGGAGGGCUUGCAAUGUACGAGUGUAGAGAAUGCUAUGAUGAUCCGGACAUCUCAGCUGGAAAAAUCAAGCAGUUUUGUAAAACCUGCAACACUCAAGUCCACCUUCAUCCCAAGAGGCUGAAUCAUAAAUAUAACCCAGUGUCACUUCCCAAAGACUUACCUGACUGGGACUGGAGACACGGCUGCAUCCCUUGCCAGAAUAUGGAGUUAUUUGCUGUUCUCUGCAUAGAAACGAGCCACUAUGUUGCUUUUGUGAAGUAUGGGAAGGAUGACUCUGCCUGGCUCUUCUUUGACAGCAUGGCCGAUCGGGAUGGUGGUCAGAAUGGCUUCAACAUUCCUCAAGUCACCCCAUGCCCAGAAGUAGGAGAGUACUUGAAGAUGUCUCUGGAAGACCUGCAUUCUUUGGACUCCAGAAGAAUCCAAGGCUGUGCACGAAGACUGCUUUGUGAUGCGUAUAUGUGCAUGUACCAGAGUCCAACAAUGAGUUUGUACAAAUAACUGGGGUCAUCAGGAGAGGUGAGAAACUGAAGGCAGUCUUACGUUGGACCUUAUUUGAGCUGGCGGUCUGUUCCACGUCCAUUGCCGGCAAUGGAUGUCUCUGUGGUGAUGAUCCUUCAGAAAAGGAUGCCUGUGUUUAAAAACAAAUUGCUUUUGUGUUCCUGAAGUAUUUAAUAAGAAGCAUUUUGCACUCUAGAAAGUAUGUUUGUGUUGGUUUUUUAAGAAGUCUAAACGAAGUUAUUAAUACCUGAAGCUUUAAGUUAAGUGCAUUGAUCAUAUGAUAUUUUUGGAAGCAUACAAUUUUAAUUGUGAAAGUUUAAAGCCUCUUUUAGUCCAUUGAGAAUGUAAAUAAAUGUGUCUUCUUUAUGGACCAAGGAUAUGAAAUCAUUUUUCCUUUGUAGCUAACGGUUGCCUUGAGGAAGAAAUAAUUUGGUUUUAUUAAGAAUCGACUCUCAAUCCAGUUAUUAAAGGUGGACUGAGUUUGAUCUGUUAAUCCUUUCUCUAUACUGCUGAUCCUUGCAUGUCUACAAUCUGCUCAGUUUUUCUGUGUUUCUGCAAUAGUGGUCAGAAAAAUACUUAAAUUCCCUUAAUGGUGUUGUUUCCUAUUUGUCCUGGUUUUGAGAUGAAUGAGUGAUUCUGUCCCAAAAUGUCCAUUUUUGAAGUGGUUUUCCUGGAGGAUUAGGGUAUUCAGCAGUUGAAGCUCUUCAUUCAUAGUAGUUACUAUCAGCUAACAGGUUUUUUUAAGGCUUUUAACUAUUAAUAUUUUAUGGAAUGGGGCAUACUAAAUUGAUAAAAGAAUUAGAGUGAUAAGUAAAUAAGAUAGUCCUAUACAAACAAACAUACAGUCCAUAAGAAAAUGAAUUUGGCAUAUAGAAUUACUCUUUAAAAUUUCCCUGAAGAGAUGGAUAUUUAAACUUCUGUUAUUUUAGACAAGACUGUCCAGAACUUAGGUUCGAUCUGUCAGCCAGUAAUCCCAUUACAUUCGGUGUGACGUCACUUGAGAUAAUGAAUCAGAUAUGUCAUCGAAAUGUUAGCAGCAGCUUCAUCCUCCUUCUGAUUAAGUAGCAAUGGGAUGUUUUGUUUAAUAAUAGCCAUAGUGUGUGUAGACCACAGUAGAUGUUGUAGACUAGGACCAUAGAUUAUACAUGUCCGUGCUGUGGGAUGUGCAUUCUCUGAGUGUUGUUUUGUAGUAUCAUUGUCUUUCUGGAACAACUUUCUAACUGUGCAGAAAGGCAGAAAGGUUGUCAUAUGUGUAUGACAUAUGACUUUUUAAAAUAUUUAAUGUGAAAAAAAGUGGAAAGUAUCUUUACAAACCCUGCAAUUACUUUUUUAAAGGCACUUUUAUUUGGUUUUAUCUUUCCAUUUUGCAAAUAUUUACUAGCUUUAUAAACUACAAUAAGCUACAAAAACUCAUCUUGUAAAUUUUUCAUUUUUGAAAUGAAAAAGUACAUAUAUUUUGCACAAGGUUUUGUACUGCUAAGUGCUUAGUUGGGGUGGUGAGAUGAUGAUUAGAUCAGGGGUGAGGCUGAGGGACUCUGGGUUUAGGGCUAGUCCUGCCUCCAUCUCCCUUGGGUAAAAGGAAGGGUGUGGGGUACAAGACGUGUAAGGCCUUUUCUAGCUCUGACCACCCAGAAAUCCAGUCACCCUGUAAUAAAUAUGUGUUGAAUGAAGAAAUGGAUGAAUGAGCUUGUCAAUGUGAUAUUUAAAAACUUGUCUACCUGGAGGAAUGAUUAGGAAUCUAAAUGGGGCCAGCCCUUGGCAUCUGCAGGUUUCUGAUCCAUGGAUUCAACCAACUGCAAAUGGAAAAUAGUACUUAAAAAAAAGGAUGGUUGCAUCUGUAUUGAACAUGUGCAGACUUUUUUCUUGUCAUUAUUCUCUGAACAAUAUAAGAACUCUUUACCUAGCAUUUACAUUUAUUAGAUUUUAUAAGUAAUGUAGAGAUGAUUUAAUUAAAAUAUACAGGAGGAUGUGUGUCAAUUAUAUGCAAAUUCUGUUCCAUUUCAUAUCAGGGACUUGAGCAUCUUCAGAUGUUGGUAUCUGCACGGAUCUUUGAACCAAAACCCUUCAGAUAUUGAGGGCUGGCUUGGUAAGACUGGAUUUAACAGUUAAAAUUAAAAAAAAGGAGAAACAAGACAGUUCCUUUUCUGUAGAAAUUAAAAUGCAAGUUGAGGAAUCUCUGCUACCCAGGCUGUCAUGGUAGAGGACUUGAAGAAGACCUGUUUGGAUGUACACCUGGUUUUAAAACUCAGGUGUGGGGACUGUCUUAAAUGGGAGGGCCUCAUCCAUAAAUGAUUUCUGAUGACGUCUUCUUCAGGUGGAACUUGAUGUCCUUUUAAUGUUACUUGGGGAGGGAGUGCUCAUCAAGGGAUGCCAAGGCCAGCUCUGGUGGUUCCUGGGGAGGCUGGGUCCUUCCCUGCUUCUGAGUGUCAUGAGGCAGCAGGAAGGUUUCUCCCUCACCUGUCUGUCCUGGCUCCCUCUGGGUAGCCCCUGCUGUUCUGCACUUCAGCAUAGCCUGAUUUGUCAAGAGAGGCAUAGUUGGGGCUGGGCUGCAUGGCGUGAGGGCCAAUGUGCCUGCCGGCUAUUUAAUUUUUGGCCUUAGGUUUUCUUUAAUAUUUUCCUGUUGGCUUCUUAAAGGUUUUGGUUAUCUUUUUUUUAAUCUACAAUCAAGAUGACAAUAUAAUCAGAUCAUCUCAUUUAUAACAUGGUUCAUGAUUGAUAACUAUAAGUAGAAAAUGUGUCAUGUUCUCCACCUCCCAAUAAAUGUGUGUGUGUGUGUGUGUGUGUGUGUGUGUGUGUAUGAGAGAGAGAGAGAGAGAGAGAGAGAGAGAGAGAGAGAGAGAGAGAGAGAGAGAGAAUGGGGAAGGAGAGCAAUGUUAUCAUAUAUAGAGAGGCUAAAUGUGUCCCAUCCCUCACUAUCAGCUUUAUAAAGGAGUUUGACUCCAUCCACUAAAGAAUGUUUUGUAAGACUAGGAAAACACAUUGAAAACUAGGAAAAACAGCAAGAAAAAUCAACUUAAUAUGUUGUUACCAUUGCUAAGGAUUUUUUCCUUAGAAUAAUUUAGGAUUUUUAAAAAUUUAUAUUUGUAAAAUGGCUGUAAAUAAAUGGCUAGGUUCUUCCUAUCCUUAGGAUUCAUUUUUUUUUUUCUCACAGAUUUUGAGAACAAGGGGAAGACAAUUUAUGGAAGAUUAAGAUUCCAUAAAUCUUAUAGAACUCUAUUGUUGCCCAAAUUCCUGCUUGUUUGAAUAUGGCAUCUUCAUAGACUCAGGAUUCAUUACCCUCUAUAGCUGGAUCUGAAAAUUACCCAGCCAGAUAAUUUCGCAUCUGCUUUGAUGAUUGUAGACCGGGAUGUGAAUGGAGGAUAAAGUAUUAGGCCUUUGCUGAGUAACUACCAACCAAGAAGCCUUUAUCGGACACUUACUAGGUGCCUAGGAUUGUAUCAGAGGGAACAUGAGAUAGGUCCCUGCCCUACCUAGUUUUAAGGCUGCUUAGCUGAAGGAUAUGGGUGACAGGUCUAGGGGAAGCUCUGGGAGGUGGUGUGGUGUGACAGAAAAAGGAGCAGACUAUGGCCGAGAGACCCGCGUUCUAGCCCUGUUCCUGUCACUUGCUUUGUAUGCUUAGAAAACAGCUUGGCCUCUUGGGCUUUAGUUUCCUCCUCUGCAUAAUGAGAGGGUUAGACUAUUGAAUUUUGUAGGAAAGAAAUAUAAAUUCCUGGGUCCUAGGCCAUGCCUACUGAAUCCAGUUGUUCAUGAAGGGGCCUAGGAGAUCUGUGAGGGGAGGUUUCCCAGGGGAAUCUCAUGACCAGCCAGGUAUGAAAUCUGCUAACUGGAAGAUCGCAAAGUUUCCUUCACUUUCUGUGAUUUUGUGAUCAUGUAAUGUUACUGUAUUAUUUACGUCAAUGUGGGUACUUGGAUGUUUAUCACACUGUUUCUCUGUGUUUACAUGUUAAUUUAUGUAAGAAAUGCAUUUUAGUCUAUGUUCCCCAACCUGCUGUUUCCUACAGGUGUUAGUAGUUGUUGAAUACAAGUAAGACUUAAGAGGACAUUUGAUGUUAUUUACCUGGACAUUGUCUUUCCUUUUAUUUAUUUAGAGGAAAUUGAGAUUCUAGGAGCCAAAAAAUAAAAAAAAAAUAAAAAAUAAUAAAAAAUAAAACAAAAACAACAAAAAAAAAUUCUUAGGCAAAGUUAAAGAAAAGAAGUUACAUUAUUUCUUACUAUUUGCUACUUUAUAAUGAAAACUUUUAAAUUAUACGGGAAGAUUUUUUCUAUGGGAUAACAAAUCCUUGUCAUAAAGAAAGAGGUCUUUUAAAAGUAAUUAAGGCCUGUAAUUUAAAAUAAUGCCCCUUUCUCUAGAGUUUGGUGAUGUGACUAACACAUCCACAAUUCUCCACUAAUGAAGAUCAUAUUUGAAUUUCACAAAGCAGGUGAUGAGUUGGGGAAGAGAAAGAGAUGUUAAAAUGAAAACUCAUGUGCAAAAAGGAGGUGGAGGAAGAAGUAAUAUAAACUCCUUAAAGCAGAUGUGCAUGGGGCCAUAUGAAGGCCAGGAUUCUGUGGGUGUCAGGGGAUUGCCCCUCUUGACAGAAACUGGGGUUUUCAACUGAGGCUUCCUUCAGGGAGUUCACCUUGCACUUCUCUGAACCCCUUUCAGACCUCUUUUUGGGUGGAAGAGAUGGGAGGAGGGGAGAAAGACUGUUCAUCUCAUUCUAAAUCCUGGAGCAGCUGAAGGCUUUCUCUUGGGUCACGAUGCAGUGCUAAAACGUUAACCAGCAAGUACGGCCAAGGAUGGUGAAAACGUGGGAAAGAAAGAUCUUCCUCCUCCCUGAUCAUAGCAUCCAUCAGUGUCUGGAGCCAGGUUACUGAAGAUCCCCGUUUGAUUUCCUGGCCCUUUGCCUUGGCAGUGAUGACAUUUUUAUUUCACUGUAUUUUAAAGUCUUCAUUUAUUUUUAUAACAUGGGUUAAGGAGAAGGGCCACUAAUGGAGGGAACUGUCCUUUCAAGAACCAUAGCUUCCGAUAUAAUAAGUACUUUAAAAAACUGUCCACUUUAACUUAAAAAAAAUUCUAGCGAGAUUAUACUGGAGACACAACUACCCUUGGUUUUAGUGAAUAAAAUGGCCUAGUACUGUGGAAUUCUAAUUUUAGGAAGUCUUAGCAUCAGAUCAUAAACAUUCAUUAAAAGAACUCACAUCCCAUUUGAAACUUCCCAGGGGAGUUGGGAUUCUUAGUAGAUUGGUAGAAAGGGGCUCAUUUUAUACUGUAUUUCCCAUUUCUGGUAUCUUGUUCAGCAUUUUUUUAUUGUUAUUUUUUUGUCUGCAGAACAUCCUAUAUUUAUGACAACAUUCUUUAAGAACACCAUGUAGAACACCCCUUACUAUCAGCUCGCUCUGAUUUAGCCUUAAUUUUGUUAAAUUUUUUAGAGAUGAAUGAAGUGCUGCUGUGGAAAGAAAUGUACAUAUACUAUUUCUGUAUCAUUAAAAAUUACAUUUUUAUGGUU